AUGUUGUGUCUUUUCCGUUGGGGGGCUUGGCGACGUUUGUCGUAUAUCUCGCAAGCGCACCGAUCGCUUGGCGUCAGUUGAGUGCCUCCAUUCGCCGGUUGAAGAUCGUUCAGCUUCUUUUUUGUUGGGAACCUUUCGGUUUGAGAAACAAUCUAACAGAAGAUGGAUUUUUACUACCUGCCAGGAUCUGCUCCGUGCCGCGCCGUCCAGAUGACGGCAGCCGCCGUUGGGGUCGAGCUUAACCUCAAGCUCACCAAUCUGAUGGCCGGAGAGCACAUGAAGCCGGAAUUCCUGAAGCUUAACCCCCAGCACUGUGUGCCAACGUUGGUGGACAAUGGCUUCUCGCUGUGGGAAUCGCGCGCGAUCAUGAUCUAUCUGGUGGACAAAUACGGAAAGGAGGACAAACUCUACCCAAAAGAUCCCCGGAAGCGUGCGGUCGUAAAUCAGCGACUCUACUUCGACAUGGGAACGUUGUAUCAACGUUUCGGCGAUUACUAUUACCCGCAAAUGUUCGAAAACGCUUCGGCAGAUCCCGAAAAGUAUCGGAAAAUUGACGAAGCAUUGGAGUUUCUGGACAUCUUUCUGGACGGUCAACAGUUCAUUGCCGGAGGAGAUUCGCUCUCGCUGGCCGAUUUGAGUGUGCUAGCUUCGUUGACGACGUUCGAAGUCGCAGGUUACGAUUUUUCAGGCCACAAAAAUGUUCACGAGUGGUACGGUAGAAUACAGAAAAUCGCCCCCGGAGCGGAUACGAACCGCACGUGGGCCGAGGCCGCGAGGCCUCUUUUCGAUAAGGUUAAACCUCAGCAAUAGGUUUUAAACCCUGUUAUCUUAUCUUGACUGAUGUUUGUUCCGCUCGCUCUGCGAAAAUAAACACAAUCAUUUAUCACCUCA